UUUUUUAUUUAGAUCCCCCUUUCAAUUUCAAAUUACCAAACGUUCCAAAAACUAUUGAAGAAAUGAAGAUUUUUCGUUAUUUAUUUCAACAACUUUUUAACUCUGCCUUUGACAACGUCUGUUUUGGUUGCUAUACAAUCAACUCAGAAAUGAUGGAAUUAUUAUUUUAUGAAAAUGAAACAAAUAUGCCUUUACAAAUAUAUUCUAAAAAGGCUAGACUAGAGAUUAAAGAUGGAAAUACUGAAUCUUUUUUUCCAUUUAUUUGGAAUUAUUUGAUCUCUAAUGUAUUUAAAUUAGAUAUUUAUAUACAAAACAACACGGAAAAACAUUUCAAUGAUUUAUUUAAAAUUUUGACGACUGGAAGAAAUAAAUUUUCUGCCGCUUAUUUUUGUUGUCAUAACCAAAAAUAUUACAAUCUUAUUAUUCAGCAUAUAGAAACAGCAAGCGAUUUUUAUAAAAUGGUAAAAAUAAUUAAAUUUAAACGUGUUGAAGGGGAUCUUGUGAUAAGUGAAAGAGCUGAAAAUAUUGAAAAGAAAAACGACAAAUUUGGUGAACUAUACACCAGUUAUCAGCUUUCAAAUAAAUAUGAUCCAAAAAUGAAGUUUUCUGUUCAUAUUAAAGAACAUAAAAUGUUUGGACACAACGUUGAAAUUGAACGAAUUAAUUGACAAUUUUAUUUGUGUACAACUAACGACGUAUUCGAGCGCCGCCGACCU